AUGUAUAAUUAUAUUUGGAAUAACACAUAUUCUUUAGAAUUUUUAAGUGAAGACUUUUAUGAUUUGAAUAUCAGUACGAAAGACAAUGUGUAUGAAAUAAUAAAAAAAAAAAAAGACGAGAAUGAAGUUGAGAGUCUGAGUAUAAAUAUCAGUAGUCAUAUAUGUAUGUUUGUUCAAUUAAUAGAUAAUAUAAUUGGAAAAUUAAGUUAUAAUAAUGACAUAAUAAAUGAUACAUUAAAUUAUAAGAAAUUGUCUGAUGUUUUUAAUUUUAUAAAGAACCAAUUAUAUAAUUGUGAUUAUAGUUUAUUUUUAAGAAUCUAUUCAAUAUAUCAUACUUAUAAUCAUAGAAAAAAUGGAUACUUAGAUGUCAAUAAUUUAUAUAAUUUCAUUUUAGACAUUAUUAAUAAAAUAGAAAAUUUAAAUGAAAAUAAUUUUUUAAUUUUACCAGGAGGUUUUUAUUUACAGAAAGAAAAAAUGUUAGUUAAAAUUUUAUAUAUUAUACACAGAAAAAAUAAUUUAUAUAGUUUUGCAGUUUUAAACAAUUCUAUAUAUGGAACACAAUAUCAUUCAUUUAAAAUAGACGAUAUAGACAAUCUAGGUAUUUUAUUAAGAGAUGUAGUAUUGUGUAUAAAGAAUAUUCAAAAAAAUUAUUUAACAAAUUCAUUGUUUUGGUUAUGUCUAUAUCGUUUAUAUAUAUUUCCUAAUGCUGAUAAUGUAGACAUAUUAUAUCAAAUAUUAUUGCCUUAUUUAAAUAAUUCUUUUCUUACAAAUAAUUGGAAUAUAUGUGAUAAUAAUACAAUAAAUGUGGUUUCUGGUGAAAAUGGUUCUAAAGAUCAGUCGAAUGAUCUUAUGAACACAAAUAAUAAUAUAAGUAAUAAUAUUAUAAAUAAUAAUAUAAAUAGUUAUAAUAAUAACAAUAAUAAUAAUACAUCAUUUGAUAUGAAUUUUUCAAAUUUUAAUAAUAAUUUAAAUAAUGACUUUAAUAAAGUACAAGCCAAUUAUGGUAAUGGUCCAAAUUAUAUGAACAAGUCAGGUAAUAAUUUUAAUGAUUUUCAUAAUUUUAAUAAUAUAGAUAAUUUAAAUGAUUUUGACGUAUGGAAUAAUUUUGAUUUUAAUAAUAGUGAUAAAUUUCCAAAUGAUUUCAAUUCUUUUAAUGAUUUCGAUAUAAAUAUGUUUCAAAAUAAUAAUAAUAAUGUAAUGAUGACUAGCCAAAAUGCACCUGUCCAAUUUUCUGAACAGGCAAGGUAUAAUGAUAAUAAAAAUAUGAGAAAAAAGAAAAUUCGUGAGAAUUAUGAGAAAUAUGGAGGUAUAUAUGUAAAUUUGUAUAAAGACAAAUUUACAUCAUUUUCAAUGAGUUUAUAUUAUAGUAUGAUAUAUAUGUUAAAAGUUAUGAAUAUUGAGGAGGAAGAUAUUGAAGUAUUUAAAAUUUUUAUAUAUUAUAGUAUUAUAUUAAAAUUGUGUGACGAUUUAAUGCGAUACGAAUAUAUAGAAAGGAGGAAAAAUGAAAUGGGUAACAUAAGGAGUGGUCAGCAUGAUAAUGGUAUUAACAAUAACAAUGACGUUAAUCAUAAUAAUAAUAAUAAUAAUAAUAAUUUUUAUGGUAAUCAAUUUAAUAAUUAUAAUAAUAAUUUUAGUCAUAAUAAUGUGUCAUCGACAUAUAACAAUAAUAAUAGUGAACUUCAGAAGAGUGAAAAUAAGAACGAUCCUAAUAGAAUAGAUGAUAUAUUUUUUGUGUUUUUAGAUAUGAGUGUAAGAAAAUUAUGUGUAUUAUUUCAUUUAUACUUUUGUAAGAUGAAGGUUGAUGUGUACGAUAAAAGUAAGAUGAUUAGAAGUAAUGUGUUGAAUGAAAUUAUGAAGAAAAUAUUAUUUGUUAAAUAUAUGUAUAAUAAGAUAGAAUUAAAAAUAUAUUCAGAUUUAACAUUAAAUGUUGAUAUCAUUAAGAAUAGAAAUUAUAUGAAUUCAAUAAAAUUUCCUAUGUAUAUAAAAUUUGAAGAAGAAUUAUAUAAAAGUUAUCGUAAGGUUGAGAUAAAAAAAGAUAUAAAUAUGCCUAUAUCAUUUUAUAUAUCUCGACGUAAUGUUGAAAGUUUUAAUGAUUUAUAUGUUAUAUUAUAUGAAACAAAUUUAAUUACAAAUAUAUUAAUAAAUCAAAAAAGUUAUAUAAAACAUUGUUAUAUAUUAGCAUUCUCAUUUAUUAGUCAUGUAUUAAAUAAUGUAAUACCUUCAUCUAAACAUUUUAUUUAUUUGUCAAAAUGUUCUAAAUUAAAAAGAGGUUUACAGUUAAGUAUUUUUUAUGAAAUAUAUCGUAUGUAUAACAAUAUAUAUUUCAUAUCAUGUUCAUUACAUGAAAAUAAAGAAAUUAUUAUGUAUAAAAUAAUUAAUAGUUCUAUGUUAUUGUUUCUAUAUGAUUUUUUGUUACGAGUUAAAUGUGUAGAUGUAUGUUCAGUUUUUUCAAUACAUUAUAAUGGUUUUACGAAUGACUCUAGUUAUUAUAUGAAUCAAAAAAGAAGGAAAAGGCAACAAUAUAAAGAAUAUAAAGAAUAUAAAAAAUAUAAAAAAUAUAAAAAUCAUGGAAAAGACAGAAUUAUAAAUAAGAAUAAUUAUGGUGAUAUUUUAAAUGAUAAAUAUAAUAAUAAUUACAAUAGUCUAAAAGAUAGAUACAAUGAUAACAUGAUAAAUAAUAAUGUGAAUAAUAAUAUAUCGAUGAGUAGUUCUAGUACCAAUAGUGAUAUUAUUAAUAAUAGUAGUUGUAAUAAUUAUUAUAAUGAUGAAUGUUUUGUAUAUGAUAAUAUAAAAAAAUUGAAGAAAUGUCGUAAGUAUAAUGAUAAUAAUAGCUAUUCCUCUCUAGAUGAAUUAGCACAUGCAAGUGAAGGCAAUAUUAGAUUAUCUGGUUAUUGUAUCGAUAUAUCAGUAUUAGAAUGUUUUAGUAACUUUUUUUUAAUUAUAAACCCUAAAUUAAAUAUAAUACGAUCUGAUGUUAUAGAAUAUUUUUACAAAAUUAAUGAGAAGAAAAUAAAUAAGAAUAGUCAAUUAUUUUUAUUUGAAAAAAGUAAUGAUAUAAAUACAAGUGAAAUUGAAAUAUUAGAAAAUAUUAGUUUAGAUUUAGGUUUUGAUAGAAAGAAGAAUGAUAUAAUAGAAUAUUAUUGUGGUGAAUGUAUUUUAUUUAAGAAUUUAGUACCAGAAUUUUAUCAUUUAAGAGAUAUGUUAUUUAUAUUUAAAUCUUAUAUGUGUCCAUAUAUAGAAAAGUUACCACCUGUAAAAGUGUAUAAAUAUGAUGAUAUAAAUUUAAAAUUUGAAUAUAAGAAUAAAUUAAUAAUAAGUGUAUAUAAUAAAAAGAUUGAUAUAUGUGGAUAUAUGUGUCCUCCAAAAGAUACGAAAUUUAAUUUCUUUUCUUAUAUAUAUCAAUUUAUUCAAACACAAGAAAAUAAAAAGGAUAAUUGUAUAUUAACAUAUUCAAAUCCAAAUAUGUAUAUAGAAGAUAUAUAUAUUGAAAAUGAAUUGGAUGUAUUAUAUGUUAAUGAUUUACCAUAUUUUCAUCCAUCAUUAGAUUUAAGAGAUGUAGAAAUCUUAUUGCAAUAUUUGACUGUUCCCUAUAUACGUAUACCAUUAAUAUUAGAAUUUUUUUGUGAUAAAAAUAGAAUAAAGAGUUUUGAAUCAUUUGAAAUACAACAGUUAAUAUUAUGUAUUUUGUUUGAGCCUUAUAUUUUUAAAAAUAAAUAUAAAAAUAUAGAAGAAGAUAAUUUCAUACCUACUAAAGAUAGAAAUGUAUUUGCUACAAAAUAUGGUUUAUUAAUAAAUGAAUUAAUACAUAGUCCAAAAAAUGUAUUAUGUAGUGUCUAUUCUUAUUUAGAAAUAUUUUUUACAUUUGAUAAUAACAAUAGUAUAAAUCAAAAGGUUAUAUUAAUAUUUAUAAUUAUUAUAAGUUCAUAUGUUAAUUCGUAUAUAAAAUUAGUGUUAGAGACUAAUAAGGAGAUACGUAGAAAUUUGAUGAAUAUUGAAAAUAUAAUAAAUAAAAAUAAGCUUACAAAGAGGAGGAAAUUAUAUAAGGAAAAAUCACAUCCUCAUAAGGAUAUGAAAAGGGAUACUAAAGAGGAAGAAGAAAUCAUAUCAAAUUGUAAUAAUGAUGAUAUUAUAAAAAAUGAUAAUAUAAAAAAUGAUAAUAUAAGUGGCGAUAAUAACCAUAAGGAUCAUACUAAUGACAUUAAUUUUAAUAAUAAUGAGCGUAAUUAUUAUAAAUAUAAAAAAUAUAUAGAAAAAAGAGAAAGACGAAAGAGAAUGUUUAAGUUUUUAAACAAACUUAAAAGGAAGUUGAUAAAAAAUGAUUUAUAUUGCUCUGAUGAUGUUUUAUUAAAUCUAGAAAAAUAUUACAAAAUGAUAAAAAAAAAACUACAGAAUAAUGUUUUAGAUUUAUUAUUAAAAAAUAUACAAAUGUGUAUUCAAAAGAAUGAUAUAACAACUAGUAGUAUAUUUUACGGUUGUAUUUUAUUAAUAUAUAGAGAUAUAAAAUUUAGGGAAUUAAAUAAGAAUAAUGUGAAACAUAUUUUAUCGUCUAUUUUUUUUAUAUUAACAUAUUAUAAUUUUAAUGCAGAAACAAAUUAUUCGGAUUUAAAAAAUAUAUAUGGUUUAGGUUCUUUAUUUGUAAAUAAUAACGAUGGUAGUGCUAAUAAUAAUAUUGGAGGAGAAACAAGAUAUUCAUUACAGAAGAGUUCUAAAGUAUGUAUAAAAGAAAAUAACAAUAAUGAGAGAGAUACAUUUUCUCUUUUAAUUAAAACAUUUUCUUUGUGUGAAUGUGAUUUAUUUAUAUGUAUACAUAAAUUUAGAAAUAUGUUAUUAAAAUAUUUAGAGAAGAAUGAACUAGAAAGGAAUAUAAUAUUUGAGCAUACUAUACAUAUAUGUGCAUGCGUCCAUGACAAUACACAUAAUAAUAACAACAACAUUGCAGGUAGUAUUAAAAAAAAUGCAUAUUAUAAUAAUAGAAUGAAUAAACCUAAUUCUAAUGUUUUCCUUAAUUUGCGUUCAAAUGAUAAUAUUAUAAGAAAAUGGCUACCUGUUCAUAAAUUUAAGCAUGUAGGAAUAUAUACAAUUGAAGAUGUAAAACAAGAUAGGAAUAAAAGAAAAUAUUUAAGUAAUACAAAUGAAUAUUUAGAAGAGGAGCAAAAUAUAGGGAGAUAUACAAAAAAAACGUCAAAAGAUUAUUAUGAUAAUGAAUAUGUAAUUAAUAAUAAUAAUAAUUAUGAUGAGAUUAAUAGGAAUUAUUAUUUUACUUCAUCUAGUAGCUCUUCUUAUGAUCUUGAUGACGAUUUUUCGUCAACAUAUGAAGAUAGUAGUAGCUAUAAUGAAAAUAUAUCAUUAUCUUAUUGUGAAGAUAAUUAUAAUGAUGAUAAAAAAAAUAAAAAGCAAAAUUAUAAUAAAUAUAGUAAGGGUAUAAAAUUAAAGAAGAAAUUAAAAUAUGAUAAUUAUGAUGAUGAUAAAAAUAAUAAUAAGAGUGAUAUGAAGAAAAUAAAUCCUUUACAUGACACAGAGUCUAUUAAUUCUAAUGUUAUGAAUAAUUAUUUAAGUUUGCCAUCUUUUUUUAAAAAUAGUUAUUAUAAUAAAGAAGAUAAUAAUAUAUCUUAUAAUAAUAAAGUGAGGAGAAGAAAGAAUUUAAUUAUAAGAAAGGAUAGUAUAUUAAGUAAUAAUAAAUAUAUAUCAUAUAUAAAAAAUAUAAUAAAAGAGAAGAAUAUAUUAAUCAAUCUUCAGUUAUUUACAUUUUCUUAUAAGGAUAAUAAUAUAAUAACAUUGAAUGAUAAUAUAACAAAAUUUAAGAAUUAUAGGGAUGUAUUUUUAAAUGGAAGUAAGAAUUUUAUGAGUAUAGAAAGACGAAGAAGAGGUUAUAAAAUGAAACGACAUAUGAAAGUAUUAAUAACACAGUCAUAUCAAAAUUUCUGUUCAUUUAAUAUAAUUGGAAAGAAACAUAAUUUAGAAAUAUGGAGAAAUUCUAGGAGGAUAACACAUCAUAAUUUGAUGUCUUACCCUUUUAAGAAAUCUAAAAUAUUUUAUUUAAAAUCAUCAUCUCUUUUGAAUAAUAUAAACUAUGACAAAAAAAAUAAUAAUAUGAACAAUAUGAAUAGUAUGAAUAAUAUGAAUAGUAUGAAUAAUAUGAAUAAUAUAAAUAAUAGUGAUCACCAUAAUAACAUUGUGGGGCGUGAUGAAAACCUUAUGAUUACCUUCAACAAUUUUCUUUUGAAUGAAGUUAAAUGUGGUGUAUUAUAUGAACAAGAAAAUAAUGAUAUAUACAUAAAAUUAAUAUGGAAAUAUAACGUGAAUGAAAUGGAAAGACUUAAUAAUGAGAGUGAAAAAAAAAGUGCUAAUAAUAAAAAUACUGGUGAGGACAACAAGUUGGUUGAGAAUGACAUGAAAGAUGAAGAAUAUAGAAAGAUGUUAAGAAGAAAAAGAAAGAAAGAAUUAUAUGAAUUAAAAUCAUUUAAUAUAAAUUAUGAAACACAAAAUAUUGAAGGUUUAUUUAAUUUUAAAUACGAAGAAAAUCAAUAUGAUAGUAGUUUGAUAAAUACCACUAGCGAAUCAUCAUAUAGUAACUGUAGUUCAUAUAAUUCUGUAUCCAAAAAAGUGUUGAAAAAUAAUAUAAAUGAUGUAGAAGAAAACAAAAGUGAUAUAUCUUCAAAAUCGUUUACUAGUAGUGUAAUUAUGAUGAUGAUGAAUAAUAAGAGUUCUUCAAAUUUGUCUAGUUCGGAUGAUAGCACAAUAAAUAAUAAUGAUAAUAAUAAUAAUGAUAAAAAUAAUAAUGAUAAUAAUAAUAAUGAUAAUAAUAAUGAUAAUUAUAAUAAUAUUAAUAGUGAUGCUUAUAAUGUUAAUAACGAAUCUGUGAAUAUAAAUUAUAAUACUAAUGAAGAUUGUGUUAAUGUGACAAAUAAUAAUUUAAUAAUAAAAAAAAAAAAAAAAAAAAAUAUAAGUGAUAGUAAAUGUGAUUCUCUAUUAAAUAUGAAUGAUGAUAUAUUUAAAGAAAGUAAUAAUAAGAAUAUUAAUAUAAUAGAUUUAAAUAAAGAAAAUAAGAAAAAAACAAAAAAGGUUUCUAGAAGUACUAAUAAUAUAAAAAAGAAGAAUAGAUAUAAGGACAUAAUAAAUUUAAAUAUAGAAGAAUAUGGUUUAAGAGAAAUAAUUUAUCGUAAGGAUGUCGAUUGUAUAUUUAUAUAUAAUAUAUUUUUUCAUAUGAAUAGAUUUAUAAAGAAAUUAUAUUAUUGUAGUGAUAUAAAAAAAAUAUAUUUUUCUACUAGUAUUAAUAGAUGUAAGAAUUUGUUUUAUCAUUUUGAAAAUAAUAAUGUACGUAUGUGUUAUUAUAAUAACAGUGAAGGAUAUGAAAAAUAUCAUGUUAAUAUAUCUAGAAAUAUAUAUAACAAUUUACAAGUACAGAAUUAUAUGAGUCCAAGUUAUUUAUCAACUUUUGUGCCUUCGAUUUUAUUAAAGAAUUAUAAUUUUUGGUAUAAUAAUAAUGAUAAUAGUUUAAUUGGAGAAAUAAAACAUAAUAAGAAAAAUAAAAAAAAUAAAAAUUUUAUUAUAUAUAUUAAGUUGUUUAAUGAUAGACAAGAGAAUCAAUAUAAUACUAUUGAUAGUAAUAAAAGUGAUAAUCCUAUUUAUUAUAAUAAUAAUAAUAAUAAUAAUAUUUGUUGUGUUAAAGAAAAUGAAAAUAGAAUGAAUAAAAUAUUUAAUCUUAUAAACAAUUCAGAUGAGAAAAAAAUGAAUAUGUGUAGUUAUUACCCAUAUGGUGUCAUACAAAAAUUGAAUAUAUAUAAUAAUAAUUCAAGAAAUAUAAAUGAAAAAAAAAAAAUUACAUCUUUAAAAGUAAAUGAUGAAUAUAAAGCUUUAACACUUAUAAAUAUAUUAAACGUUGAGAAUAAUAAUGUAUAUAAAGAUUUUUAUAAUAUAUUAAAUAGAUUUGAUCAUAUAACAUAUAUAUUGAUGUAUACCUUGAAUGUGCCUAUACUAUUUAAUGAUAAUGAUAAAAAUAAAAAUAGAUAUAUAAAUGAUGAUGAAAUAAAAUAUAUGAACAUUAGUGUUGAUAUAAUUGAAAUUCCACGUUUGAAUUUAACUUUAAAAAGAAAUAAUAUCGAUAUAAAAAUAAAUAAUAAUGAGAAGAAACAUGUUGAUUAUGUAGAUAAUUGUAAUGAGAAAUCUGGUAUAUUAAGAAAUAACAAUACAACAAACAAUAGUAAUAUGAAUAAUAAUAUGAAUUGUAAUAGUGGUAAUAUAAAUAAAAAAGAAGGAUGUAAAUAUUAUUUUGAAGAAUUAAAUAUGUUUAUAUAUAAUGGUAAUAUUCAAAAAUAUAAUUAUAUAUAUAAUGUAAUAAAAAAAAUGAAUAAUACUAUAUUAUUACAGAAUCAUAAAAAUGAUUUUUUUUUCUUAGUAUCAUUAUUAAAUAAACCUUUUUUUUUAAAUAUAUCUACAUUAUAUAAAGAAUUUAAUAAUAAGAAUAUUCAUUUAUGCACAUUGUUAGAAAAGCAUAUAAAUGUAUUAUUAAAGAAUUAUAUGUAUGUUAGUAUUUAUUAUCACAAUUUUAAUAUAAAUACAAAUGGAAAUAAAUAUUUCGAUUUAUUAAAUGAAGAUUAUAAUAAUGAUAAUGGCAAAAAUGGUUGUUCCUUACAAUAUAUUGUAUUAUCUAUACAUAGUUCUAAAUUAUUUUUAAACUUUAGAAAUAUGUAUAGUUGUUUUUUUUUCAUUGUAUAUAAAUAUUUAAAUAAAGAACAUGAAGAGGUUAUAGAAUAUUGUAAUAAUUUGAGUAUAUGUAAAGAAGAUAGAAAUGAAAUUAAUUAUUUAUUAAAUAUUCUAAAUUAUUGUGAUUAUUCUAUAUAUUCAGAUGUUGAUUCUUGUGCAUGUCGUUUGAAAAUUUUUCUGACAUUAUCUAAGCAGAUAAAAAUUAUAUUACAAAAAAAAAGAUAUAGAUAUAAUAGUAAGAAAAAAAAUUCAUGGGAUCUAAAUAAUUAUUAUAAUAUAUUUAAUUAUGUGAAAUCACUAUGGAAUAUAGAAAAGAAUGAUGAUCAGGAUGAUAGUAGUAAUAAUGAAUUAUAUAAUACUAAUGAUUAUUAUAUAAAUAAGAGAGUUUAUAAGAAUAAGUAUCAUUAUUUUGAUAGAAAUACAGGUAAAUCUUAUACUAAAGUGGCAAAUAAACAUACAUAUAAUAAUAAAAAUAGAAUGAAGAAUAAAUAUAGGAAUGAUAAGAAUUAUUAUGAUAAUGAUGAUACAAGAAAUAAUUUACAAACAUUUAAUGAUAGUAAUAAUAAUAGUAGUAUGUAUAAUUCAUUAAGUGAUAUGUCUUCAUCUACUGAUGAUAAUAAUGUAUCAUCUGAAAAAGAUAAUAAAAGAAAAGAAUUAAAUGCUGAAGAGAAAAUUAAUGAUGAUGAUUAUGAAGACGACGAUGAUCAUAAUGAUAACAAUAAUAAUAAUAAUAAUAAUAUUAAUAAUAUGAAUAUUAUUAAUAAUAAUAAUAAUAAUGUUGAUAGUUUCAAAAUGUCCAAUAAAAAGAAAAGAAAAAAAUUAAAGUCUAAAUUAGUUGGACGAUCAGGUGAUGAGAAGUGUAAGAAUAAAAAUAAAGAACAUAUUAAUAAUAAUAAUAAUAAUAUUAAUAAAAAGAAAAAGAAUAAUGUUAAUAAUAAUGCUAGUGGUAAUAGUAAAAAUUUUAUGGAUAAUCAAAAUGUAUAUCAUAAUGAUGAUAAUAAUAUGGAUGCUAUAAUUGUUUAUUGGGAUAUAUUUAAAGAUAUUGUUUUUUAUAUUAAUAAUUUAUUAUAUAUAAAAGCAAAAUGUAAAUUAACUAUAGAUGAAGAAAUAUUUCUAUAUCAGAAUUGUAAUAUUAAUAUUCAUAAACAUAAAUUAAUAUAUAAUAGAUAUAUAAUAUUGAAUAGUAUAGUAGAAUCUAAAUUGUCAUCAAAAAAUGGAAACCCCUUAUUUUUUUACAACAUCUUAAAAAAGAAACAAAUAGAGAAUCAAAAGAAAAUGAGAAGUUAUGAAAUAUGUAAUAAUAAAAAGAAGAAUAUAUUUGAAUAUAUGCAUCAUCAUAAUAAUAAUAUGAAUAAGAGUACUAAUGAUGAAUAUAAAAAGAGUAAUAUACAUGACAUAAAUGUUAAUGAUAGUCAAAUAAAUAAUCAUAAUAAUAAUUUUGUAAAUAAUGGUUAUUAUAUGUCCAAUUCGAUAUAUAAUGAUAAUAAUAGAAAUUCUUGUUUUAUAAACAAAAAAGAAAAUAAUAAUUUAAAUUUUAUAAAUGAAGAAAAAGAAAUUAAGGAUAUAAAAAAAACGAAAGAAGAAAAUAAAUACAAUUUAUUAAAUUUAGAUAGUAUAAAAGAUAAUUUGUUACAUAUGAAAGAUAUUUUAAUAACUAAUAGAAUAGAAGAGAAACAUGCAGAUUUAAAUAAUUUAGUUGUAUCUAUUAAUGUUCCCAAAAUAGAGAAUGUAAAAUAUAUUAAUAAUAUUGAUGAAAAUAUUUUUAUGAAUAUUAAUUUAUAUGAUAAUAUAGGAAAUAUUAUUAAUAAUAUAAGUUAUAAAAAAUUAGAAGAUAAAAAUAAUGUAGAAGCAUUAAAUUAUUUAAAUAAUUUAAUUAAUACUAUAGGUAUACAUAACUUUUUUGUUAUAUAUAAUUAUUUUAUUAAUAAUUUGAAUAUAAAAAUUGUUAAAGGUGAAAAUACAUUUUUAUAUGCUAAUUUAUUAUCUCGAUUUUUAUAUUUUUAUAAUUAUAAUAUAAGUCAAUAUAGUAAAAUUAUUUAUAUAUUUAUUUUUAUAAUAAAUCAUCAAGAAAUUAUAAAUAUGUUACCAAAGAUAGAUGAUCAAAAAUUAAAAAAAAAUUAUUUGAAUUUUUUUAAAACAAAUGAUUCUUUAUUUAAUUUUUUUAAUGAUAUAUUUAAAUUUGUCCAACAAUAUCAAAGUGAUAAAAAAAAAAAAAUAGACAAAAAUAUUAUACCAUUAAAAAUAAAUAAUAAUAUUAAUAUAUCAGUGCGUGAUCCAAUGAAAUAUAGAUUAAUAAUAAAUAUAAAUGUUGAUGAUUAUUUAUGUGAAAAACGAAUUAUUAAACCUUUCGAAAUUAAAAAUGGGUUCUAUGUAGAUUCUGAAUUAUUAAAUGAAUUAUGUUUUAGUCCAUUCAAAAAAUUAUAUAAAUACUUAAGAAAAAUAAAGGGUACAAAUAAAAUUAAUUCUGUGCAUGUAGGUAUAGAUAAAAAUAUAAAUUAUGAUAAAAAAGAUAUAUGUAAAAUGAAUAAGGAAAAAAAUAUAUACCUCCAAAAUACACAUAUAAAUAUUGAAAAUAAUAAUAUGAAAGAUGAUUCAUGUAUUAUGUUUGAUGAGGAUGUUAAUAAAAAGAAAGAAGAAAUGUCUAUAAUACCUACGAUGAAUUUAAAUAGCGUAAAACGUAUGUCAACUAUAGAUGAUAGAUUGGAUCAUGAGGAUAAGAAAAGAAAUAAAAUAUUAAAUUUUGACUUUGAGAGUUCUAACUUUUCUUGUCAGAACAGUUAUUCAAAAAAUUUUAUAAGGAACAUGAAAAAUGAUUAUAAUAAAUAUCUUGAUUAUGAAAAGAAAAAAAUAGAUUAUGAAUUUAUUGGUUUCAGUGUUGAAGAAAUAAAAAUGACAUUUAAUAACAUAAAGAAGCUGAAGGAAUAUGUUAAUAUGUUUGUAAGUAUUAAGGAUAUAUUAUUAGAAAUAUUUAUGGGAGAUAAUAAAUUGUUAGAAUGUAUAAAUGAAUAUAUUGAUGAUUCAAUGAAUAUAGAUAAGGAAAUGAUUAGAAAGGAAAACGACACAAAUAAUAAUAAUACUAAUAAUAAUAAUACUAUUAAUAGUAAUAUUAUUAAUAGUAGUAGUAAUAAUAAUAAUAAUAUUAAUAGUAGUAGUAAUAAUAAUUUUUAUUCGUAUGAUAUGAAUAACAAUUUAUCAAGUGAAGAAGAUAUAAAUUUAUUGGCUAAUAAAUAUUUAUAUAAAUUCGGUUUAUUAGGAAGAGCAGAAAAAGAAAUUAAUUUAAAGAUAUUAAUAAGUUGUUUUAUGUCUAAAUAUGCAUAUGAAUAUUUAAUGCUUAUUAACCCUAAUUUAAAUAGAAGUCAUUCAGAAAAAUAUAUAAAUAUUAUUUUAUUGUAUAUGCUAAUUAUGAAUAGAAAAAUGUUUUUACAUGAGUGUAUUAAUAAUGUAAUAAAUAUAUUGAAUAUAUUUAAGGUAUACAAUUUAAAGUUGAAAAUAUUAAAGCAAAGAGAAAAGGCCUACAAAUCAAGAACAUCAUUAGCAUCAACCAAUAGUGACACCAUGAACAAUAAUAAUAAUAAUAGUAAUAUUCAUAUUGAUAGUGAACAUGUUAAUGUUCUUAAUAAAAUUUUAAAUGUUCAAAAAAAAAUUAUCAAUAAAGCUAUCAAUACCAUAAAAUUAGGAACUAAACAAUUAACUCAACUUACUACUACGGAGAGACAUUAUUUUUCUUUAAGAAAUAUAUCUAAUAAUAAAAAGGUUCUUUAUAAAAAUUUAGAAUAUAAUUCAGAUUCUUCAGAUGUAUCUUCCUGUUAUUUUUCUAGUGAUAAUAAUGAUUUGGAAGAUAAAGAUCAUAUAAUGAAUCCCAAGCAGACCACCACCACCACCACCAACAACAACAACAAUAAUGAUAAUUAUAAUAAUAAUAAUAAUAAUAAUAAUAAUAAUAAUGAUAAUUUUAUUUUUAAUUGUAGUAUUAAUCAGGAUGAUACAAUUAACAUGUCGAAUAAAAUUUCAUCUGAGUUUAUAAAACAUCCAGAGAAAGAUUGUGAUAAUACUUACUAUUACACUUAUGAUCCUAGACUACUUAUUUUUGAAUAUACGAACAAUUUAAUUAUUAGAAAAAAACAAGUGAAAAUGAUAAAAAAAUUAAAACGUGAUUUUAUAAAAAAGAAAAAACAAUAUUGUUAUCAAAUAAUUAUGGGAGGAGGAAAAACAACUGUAUUAUCACCAUUAUAUUUUUUAAUAUUUUCAAAUUAUUUCUUAAUAUUUAAUAUGUGUCCUCAUCCUUUAAUACAUUUUACAAUGAAUAGUUUCCGUUCUAGAUUUUCUUCUAUUAUCAAGAAGAAUAUAUUUUAUUUUAAUUUUAGUCGUUAUAAUAAUAUAACUACAGAUUUGUAUAUUAGCUUAUGUAGUGCAUUAGAAAAUAAAUAUAUAUUAGUAACGAGUCCAACAUGUGUGAAAUCUUUAUUUUUAAAGUUAAUUUCGACGAUUCAAGAAUUGAAUAGUAUCAAAACAUUUGACAUGCUAAAACAAAAGGCGAAAACACAUAUUACAGAUGCAUUAACAAAAUUUUUAGGUUUUCAAAAUGAAGAACCGAAGGUUAUAAAUCCUGGUGUUUCAAAUGGUGUAUCAUUAGGAAAGAGUAAUUUGAAUAAUAAUAAUAAUAAUAAUAUGUGUUCCCAGUUUUCAAAGAAUGGUUCGAUUAGUUGUGUUUCGUCUGAUUAUAAUAUGUUAAAGAAAGAGUUAGAUUUAUGUGUUCGUAUUUUUGACAUAUUAAAUAAGAGUAUUUUAUUAAUUGAUGAAGUGGAUAAUGUAUUACAUCCAUUGAAAAGCGAAUUACACUGGCCUUAUGGUGUUAAUAGAGAUAUUGAUUUAGUUAAUGUGGUAAGAAACUUUACAGAUAUAUUUAUGAAUAAUCCAUAUUUAAAAUUUUUAUAUAAUAAUAAGGAUGAUGAAAAUGUAGAUAUAAAGAAGGUAAAAAUUUCCAUAAGUAAUAAUAAUAAUGGAAAUGAUAAUUUAAUAUAUAAUAUAAAACAAUUAAAAGAAAAUGAAGAAAGAGAGAGGGAGCAAAAUAAAAUAUUAAUUAAUUAUAAUAAGGAUCCUAUAAUGAAAAAUGAAAAUAGUAGUAUGUAUAAUAAAAAGGAGGAUAUGUUAGGAAGACAUGGUAAUUCGAUUGAUAUGAGUGAAAAGAAUAGUACACCUAUAACAACAAGUGGUGAUAUUAUUAAAGCUUUAAAUAAUAAAGAAAAAGAUAUUAGCUUUAGUUAUAUAGAUUUAAGUUUAUUUAGAUAUAAAUUAUGUUGGAUUUUAAUUGAUUUUUUUUUCUAUCCUGUAAAUAAAAAAUUAACAGUUCCUAUGAAUAUACAUUUUAAUAUAAAUGUUGAUUAUAUUAAUGAUUUAUUAGUACAGUUUAAUAAAGAAGUGGAGAUAGGUGUAAAGAAUCAUGAUAUAUCAUUUUUACCUCAUUUUCAUAUAAUAAAUUAUAAGUGGUAUGAUAAUAUAGUAUGGAUUAUAGCUAGAUAUGCAUAUUAUUUUUUAUUAUCAUAUAAAUUUAAUGGUUUAUCACAAAAAGUGGUUGAAUCCUAUUUAUGUAUACCACUUUGUAUUGGAUAUAAUGAUAUAGUAAGUAAUAAAGGAAGAAAUAAUAAUAGUAAUAUGAAUUAUUCAACAAUGAGAAGAUUAUUAAAUAUAAAAAAGGUACAUAAUAAAAAUUAUAAUAUGAAUAUAAAUAAUAUAUAUAUGAAUAAUAUUAAUGAAUCUGAUAUUUGUUUUAAUAAUGAUUAUCAUUUAAAAAUAUUUGAAAAAAUAAAUCAACUGGAAUUUGUAUUUUGUAAAAUGUUAAAUUUAUGUCGUCUAUAUAUAAAUGGAAUAUUGCCUUUUAUAUUUACAAAAAUAAAUACUGUUCAUUAUGGUAUUUUAUCAGUUGAACAAAUAAAUAAGUGUAAAAUAAUUAUGAGUAAAAGUAGAUAUUUCUUAGCAGUACCUUAUAUAGGAAAAGAUACACCUUCUACUAUGUCUGAAUAUACUAAUGUUGAUGUUGUUGUAGCACUAACUAUAUUAUCAUAUAGAUAUCAAGGAAUGAGAUAUGUUGAUUUUAUGCUUUCUCUUAAGAAUAUCUUGUAUAAUUAUUCAUUAGAAAAGGAUAAUGAACAUAUACAAAAUGAUACAUCAUCUGAUCACACUUCAGAUACAACUAUAAUGAAUUCUAUAACUGAUGAUACUUCAAGUCAAUCUUCUCAUUCGAGUAGUGAUCUAUCAGAACAGGAUAUAUCUAUGACCAAAUAUAUUUCUCACAAAAAUGAUGACGUCUCAGAAUAUUUUAAGUCAAAGGGUAUAAAUCACGUUAAUGAUUCGAAAAAUAAAGAUAAAUAUAUUAAUGAAAAAUAUAUCAAUGAAAAAGAAGAUUAUUCGUCUAAUAUACAAAGUGAAACAUUAUCAUCCUCUUCAUUUUAUAGUUCAGUGGAUAAUAUAAAAUUUGAGGGUCCAACAAAAAUGGAAAAAUCUGACGAAAGAAUUAUUCCACCAAGUUGUGUAAAAAAAAAUAUACACAGUGGAAAAGAAUUAAAGAGCAAUAGGGACAUGCAAAAUGAACUAAACAAUGAUAUAUUAUCUAAUGAACAAAAUAAAAAAUAUAAUAAUUAUAAUAAUAAUUAUAAUAAUUUGAAUUAUUAUAAGGGUACAUUUAAAAAGGAUGAGAAAAAAUAUAAAAAUAGAAGAAAAAAAAAAAGGAAUGAAUAUCAUUCCAAUAGUGAUCAAAAUAUUAAACCCAAUCAGACAUAUGUCGAAAUAAAAAACAUGUAUACUUUAUAUAAAGAAAUAAUAGAAAGUAGUGGUGCUAAAAUUUUGAAAACUAAGAAAUAUAUUAAUAAUAGUAAUUUUUUUGAUUAUGAUAAUAAUAUAAAAAGAAGAAAAGAAAAGAAAAAAAACAAAUUAGGAAAUUAUGUAGAUAAUAUUGAUAAAAUAAAUUUAAAUGAUAGUGAAACAUUAUAUAAUCUAUAUAAUUUAAUAAGAAUGAAUCCAUUAUUAAUAAGUUAUUUCUUAUUAGGAAUUAUAUUAGAAAAAUAUAUUAAACAUACAGAAAAACAAUUAUCAUCAAAUUCACAAGAUUUUACAAAUAAUGUUUUAUUUAAAUAUGUAUUAGGAUAUAGUGGUACUAGUAAUGAUAUAUUACCAGAAGAAAUACAUAAAUGUAAAUAUGAAAAGAGAACUAUAGGUUCUAUAUUGAAUAUUAUUAAUGAUACUAAUAUUGUUAAUUUUAUAUUUUUGCCUUCCAAAUUUUCACCUAUUCAAAUAUUAAAAAGUUUAGGAUAUUCGAAAAUUAAAUUUAAUAGUUUAAUAGACACAGGUUAUUUAAUUAAUAAUAUAUCUCCAAAGAAAGUUGCUUAUUAUAUAUUACAGUUUCUUGAUUAUAUUGAUUGUUGUAUAUAUAUAGAUAAUGGUAAGCACAUGUGCAUGUUGCCCUUAGAAAAAAGGAGACGUCUAAAAAAACCAAAAAGAAGAGAAAAAAAAAAAAAAAUAGAAGCUGACAAUGAAGAGAUGGUUCUAAAUCCUGAAUUGUUGAAAAACAGAUAUGAUGUCAAAAGUGAAGGCAAUGAAAGUGGGACUAAAAUUAUUAAGGAGAAAUAUUUAUAUAAAAAGAAGUUAAAAUCAAAAAGAUCAAAAAAAUGGAACUCAAAGAUAGAAGACAAUCUCAACUUCAGUGUUGAAAUAAUUCCUCUUCAAGAUUGUUAUGUUCCAAUAAAACGACGCUUUAUAUAUUUUGAUCAUAUAAAUACCUUUGGUCAGGAUAUAAAACAAUAUAUAAAUGCAAAUAGUUUAGUAACUGUAAAUAUAGGAAACGAUAUAUCAUCAUUUAGUCAAGGUGUUUUUAGAUUGAGAUCUAUAGGAAUGAAUCAAAAAAUAUUUUUCUUAAUACCACUAUGUCUUGUGAAAUUGAUGAAUAUAAAUACGAAUUUGUUUAAUGAGUUAAUAUAUUCAUAUUAUAUGAAAAGCAACAAUGCAAAUGACGAGAGAAAAAAAAAAAAUAAUAAUAAUAAUAAUAAUAUUAAUAAGAGUGGUAUCAUGAUGAAGAGGAAGAAGAUGAAUGUUAUGAAAAAAUUCCAAAAGUCUAAAAAGGUCAUAAUAAAAAUGUGUAAUAAAAAUUAUAGUGAUGAUAGUAAAUCAGGUUCUGAUUCGGAUCCUAUUCUGUUUAGCAGUACAGAUAGUAGUGAUAGCAAUGAUAGUUAUAAUAGUAGCAAUAGUAGUUAUGAUAAUAAUAUUGAUAAUAUCGAUAAUGAUAAAAAUGAUUUUGAAUUAUUUAAUACAUAUGAAAAUACACAUAAUAAUAACUAUGAAUAUAUUUUAAAUAAUGAAUAUAUUGAUGAAGAAAAUAUGCUUUAUAUGAUUGAUUGUUAUAAUAGUAUCUUUUUAGAUAAUGAAACAAAAGAGAAUGUAUUGAAAGAAUUAACACAUUUUUUAAUAUUAAAUAAUAUUAAUAAUAAUAUAAAACAAUGUGAAUUAUUAUGUGUACAUGGAAUUGUAAAUUUAAUAAAAAAGAAAAGUAUAAAAACAUUAAUUGAUAAUUAUAUAAAUAUAGGUGUUAUAAGUUAUAAAGAAUAUUUAGAUAUAUUUAAUACUAGUAUAGAUUUUGAUAUUCAAACACAAGUACCAUCUAAAAAUAAUUCACUUUUAUGCAUAGUCCAAUUGAUAGAAAAAUUUCAUAAAAUAUUUACAGCACAAGAUGAAUUAUAUAUACAAGAUAUAAUAUAUAAAUAUUUUUGUUUACAUUAUGACUUUUCUAAUAAAACUAUUUAUAUGUAUUUUGAUGCAUUCUUUCCUAAGAAAGAUUUUUUAAAAAUUAAUGUAUCACAAGUAAUAUUAGAUUUAUUUAAUAAACUGAAAAAAAUUAAAAAAGACAACAUGAUAUUAAACAAGAAAAAAAUAUUGAUCAAAACAUCUGAGAAUAAUUGUGGUAUUUAUAAUAAUUAUAAUAAUAAUGAUGAUGAUGAUAAUAAUAGUAAUACAGAUAAUCAUUUAUUUAGUAUGGAAAAUGAACAAGAAAAAGAAAAGGAAAAGGAGAAAGAAAAAGAGAAAGAAAAAGAGAAAGAAAAAGAAAAAGAGAAAGAAAAAGAGAAAGAAGAAGAAAAAAUUGUUGAUGAUCCAAAAAAAAAAAAUAUAAAAUAUAAAAAAGAUGAAUAUAAAUUAUAUCAUUGGACUGUUGACGAUAUUAAUAUUGAUUUAUAUGGUAUGUCAGAUAAAGAUCAUAUUAAUAAUAAAAGUACAAAAAAUUUUAUGAAUAAUAAAAUAAAUGAAACUUUAAAAAAAUUAAGAGAUGAUGGGCCAUUAUUUAUUCCUUUGAAUAAAAUGUGUGUAAAUGAUAUAUAUUUGAACUUUCCUUCUUAUGUUUAUGUAUCUAAAAAUUUUAUAAAUAAUGAAAAUAUAAAUACUAAAAGGGUAAAAAAAUUGAAGAAUGUGUUGGUAGUAAUAGAGUGUGUAUAUAAUAACAGCAAUAGUGGUGAUAGUAAUAUUGAAAGUAAGAUAAAUAUUAAUAAUAUGAAUAAUUCUAAAAAUAUAAAUAGUGUUAGUAAUAUAAGCAAUAAUAAUAGUAGUAAUAAUUAUAUGAAUAAUAAUUAUGAUGUAUAUGCAGAAAGAGAUAUACUGAAAAAUAUUUGGAAUAUAUUACAUGAAAGCGAUAAUAUUGAAGAAAUGUUAAAUAUAUUAGAUAUUAAUCCAUUUAAAUAUUCUUAUGAUUUAUCUAAUAUUAUAAGAAAUUAUUUAGAUAAGAAUAAAAAUGUUAAUAAUAAUCCAUUUAUAAAUUUUACUCACAUUUUGAAUGAAUUAGAAUUAUAUUUUAGUAAUAGUAAUAAGAAAUAUAUUAUAGUAAGCUUACAAGAAGCAGAGACGUUGAGAUAUCAUAUACAUAAAAAAUCGAACAUUCAAAAGAUAUAUGAAGCCUAUUUUAAAAAUAUUAAAGUACAUGCUCAUAAUAAAGAAGAAACAAAAUAUAUAUAUAAUGAUGAAAAUGAAGAUAUUAAAGUAAGUCAAAAGAAUCAUGAUCAUAUUAAAAAGAAAAUGCUUACUGUUCAGAAUAAUAUGGAGAAAGAAAAUAUGAACAUAUUUGAUAUAAUAGAUGAAAAAAAUGACAAAAAUAAUAAUAACCAAAAUAAUAACAACAAAAAUAAUAAUAACCUAAAUAAUGAUGAUGAUGUUGUGAGGGGUAAAAAUAUUUGUAACGAUAUCGAUGGACAUAUUAUAAAUGAUAAUAUGAGUGAUGAUAAUUUUUUGAAUGAUCCAUGGGGUUUACAUGAAAAUAUUUCUAAUAUAAAUUUAGGUAUUGAUAAAACAAAUGAAAAUGAUAGUAUUGAUAAUUUUUUUUCAGGAAAUAUGGAUAAAAUAAAUAAUAAAAAUAAGGUUGAAGAUAAUAAUAAUAUAGAUAAGAAAGAAAGUAAUAUCGAACAGAGAAAAAAUACUUAUAAUAAGAAUAUUAUGGAUAUUAUAAAUAUUAAAGGUUGUGGUGAUAAUAUAUUAGUUGGUUGUAAUAAUAUUAAUAUAAAUAUUUAUAAUUAUAAUUUUUGGUUUACUCCUAUAGAAAUUAGUGAUAAGAAUAAUUUAAGAAAAUAUAUAUCUAGACAAAUACAAAUUGUUUAUAGUGUUUGUAAAUUUUUUAAUUCUGAUCGUAAAUUUAUUGAUGCACAUGUGAAUUUAUUAUUACAAUAUUUAAAUUUCAAUCCACCUAAACAUCGUUUUAAUUAUUUCAAUGAAUUAUAUUUAAUCAGAAGACUUAUGAAAGAAAAUCAAAAUGGUGGUCUUAAAAAUAUGGAAAAGAAUUUUUAUCUUCCAAAUAAAUUACAUCUUGAAGUUUUAGAGAAAAAAUUAUUUGAAGGUAACGGUGAUAUAUAUGCAUUUAAAGUUAUUCAAGAGAGGGUAAGACAAAGUUUAAAAGAAAAGAAUUUAACCUUACAAAAAAUUUUUGAAAAGGAUUUAAAUUAUAUAUGUACUAUGGAGGAUAUAAGAAUAGUAUUGGAUUAUUUAAAUAUAAAGGAUAAAAAUUCUAUUCAUAUAUUAUUUGAUGUAUUAGGAAGAAAUAUUACUCUGCAUGAAUUAUGUUUAUUUCUUAAUCCGAUAGAAAAUAAAAGAAAUAAAAAGAAUAAACUUUUACAAGGGAAGAAACAUCCAAGUAUGUUACAAGAUGAUACGGAUUAUUUAAAUAAUAAUAUAUCAAAUAAACAAAAAAAAAUAGGUAUUCAAAAUAAAGGAAAUAAUAAUAGUAAUAAUUAUAUGGAUCAUCAUCAUAAUUAUCUUAUAAGAGAUAUAGAAAAAUAUUUAAAGAAUUUUAGAUUUACAUUAACAGAACAUACACAUAUGAAAUUAGUAUGGUCAGGAAAAAUAGCUCACCAGAGAAUACAUAACGAUAUGACAGAUAUGAAUAAUAAAAAUAGUAUAUAUAGUAUGAAUAAUAUAAAUUCUUUAUCAUAUAAUGUUAUUAAAAAUGAACAGCACAAUAAGGAUAACAAUAUGAAUGUGAUGAAUAAGAAUAAUAUUAUUAAUAGUCAAUAUGAUUAUGUAAAGAAAUCAUCUACAAAUGAUAUUAUAAGUGAUAUGUUUUAUACAUUUCAAAAUAAAACACAUAAUAAUAAAAAUGAAACAGAUCUAUUAAGUAAUACAAAUCAACAAGAUAAUAUGAAUAAUAUGUCUUAUAAUGAGAAUAUUUUUUAUAUAUAUGAAGCAGAAAAUGUAGAUCCAAAGGAUAGAGGAAUUAUGAGUAAGAAUAAGCAUAAAAUUGUAUGUGGUCAUUAUGCAUCAAAUAAUAUGUAUGAUAUGAAUAAUAAUAAUAGUAAUAAUUAUAGCAAUAUGAAUAUUAAUAAUAAUUAUAAUAAUAAUAUUUAUAAUAAUAUUAAUUCCUUUCCAAUUAUUGAAAUGACUGAUAUCACUAUUAAUAGUAUGUAUACAAGUACAUCGGGAAAUGAUAUGUUAAAUUUAUUAUUUCCACAUCCAAAAAAAUAUCUUUUAUUAUGGCAUGAAGAUUAUUCUCUAAAAAAUGUAAAUGAUUGUUUACAUAUAUGGAAACCUAUCUUGUCAUCUUCUGCUUAUUUUUCAAAUUGUAUUUUUGUUGGGCAUGUAGCUACAGUAGGACCACAAAGCCCACCCUUAAAUAAAAUUAGAGCUAUUCCAAAGGUACUUGUAAAAAAUGUUCAAUCAAAGAAAUACUCCACAUUUUUUGCAGAUAAUAGUUUUGCUAUUGACAAUUCUGGUGUAUUCAGUACCUUAAACAUACACUUUUUUAACGGCUUGGAGUUCAAAAAUUAUGAAGAAUUUACAUUUAAGAAUUUUUCAUUAAGUAUUAUUUCAAAGAUGAAAAAAAUAAAAUCUGUCAACGAAGAUAUAUUUAAUUUAUGGGGUGAUGAAAAUAAAGAAAUUGAACUACAAGAUGAAGAUGAUGAAUCUUCCUCAGAGUUGGAAAUUAUUGCGCAGCCUUAUUAA